AUGGGUGUUGAAGAGAAAUUUAUAGUUGAAGCCUUAGAUAGAGAAGAAGCAUGGAAUCUUUUCAAGGAGACGGCUGGAAUUUCCAAUGACACGAGUACUGAAUUCUAUGCCACACAGAAGGUAGUUGCAGAUGAAUGUGGAGGCUUGCUUGUUGCUUUAAGACAGUUGCAAGGGCACUCAAAGAAGAUUCAAGCUGAAAUUGCAGAUAAGUUGGGUUUGAAAUUUGAGGAAGUGAGUGUAUCUAGAAGAGCAGAUCGGCUGCGUGAAAGUCUACCUAGCAAGAGAAUCUUGGUCAUAUUGGAUGAUGUUUGGAAAAGACUUGAACUGAAUGACAUAGGAAUUCCAUAUAGAGAAGGUCACGGUGGUUGUAAGAUUUUGCUGACUUCGAGAUUUGUCUAUAUAUGUGAUGAUAUGGGUGUUGAAGAGAAAUUUAUAGUUGAAGCCUUAGAUAGAGAAGAAGCAUGGAAUCUUUUCAAGGAGACGGCUGGAAUUUCCAAUGACACGAGUACUGAAUUCUAUGCCACACAGAAGGUAGUUGCAGAUGAAUGUGGAGGCUUGCUUGUUGCUUUAAGACAGUUGCAAGGGCACUCAAAGGUAAAGGAGAGGAUUCAUGGGAUUCUGCUCUUGUUCAAUUACAGAGAAGAUUUUGAUAUUCCAAUUGAAGAUCUUGUUAGAUAUGGGAUUGGGCUUGAAUCGUUUGAAGACAUUGCUACAGUGGGCGAAGCGAGACAAAAAGUUCAUGACUUUGUUGAUGACCUUAAAAAAUGCUAUUUAUUGAUGGAUAGUGAAGAAGAAGAGUAUGUCAAAAUGCAUAAUGUUAUACGUGAUGUGGCUAUAUCUAUUGCAUCUGGGGAGGAGCAUUCGUUUAUGGUGAGAUAUGACAAAGCAUUGGAAGACUGGCCACAGCAUCGCCUCAAAAAUUACAUUGUAAUUUCAUUAAAACUUAAUGGUAUGCACGGGCUUCCUGGUAAUUUAGAAUUUCGAAAACUCCAGCUUCUGAAGCUAGAUUGCAAUGCUGAUCUCGACAAUGGGAUGGAGGAAGUCCAAGUACAAGAGACCCCAGAUUGUUUCUGCCAAGGGAUGAAAGAACUCAGAGUGCUAGCUUUAUCUAAUUUGUAUGGAUCGCUGCUGACAUCACUCCGAUGCUUGACCAACCUCUGA